AACAAUCGCCAAUAAAAUAUUUUUCAAUUCAUAUUUUACGAUAUUAGAAAACAAAAUGUCAGUGUAAUAAUACCCUUACAUUUUUUUUCCUAUAAUUUUUGAAACAACCAAUCAAAUCACUCCAAAUUUGACAUUUCAUUUUGGACGCGCUCAUCAAGAAUACAAAAAAAAACCACAACAAAAAAAAAUUGUUUAUUUCAACUUUGCCUUUUCUUCUACAACUCCACAAAAUCAAAAAAAAAAUUGUUUUUAGUUAAUUCAUCAGGCUAAUCACCCCAAAAAUAGAUUCCCAUUGCUUUUAGCUUUUGUUGUUAUUAUUAUAUGCUUGCGUAGCUUCUCUUGGCCAAGUCGGCUUUUUAGCAAAUAAAGCAAAUAAUUUCCUUUCUUUCAUUAUUUGUCGAGGGGUCGGUCGAUCAUUUGGCAAAAGGUGGGUUCGGGUUUUUUUUUUCUAUUUCUUCAGUUGACGUGUUAAUCGCCCUGGGAACAGUUCGGAGAUAAGUUCUAGAUAAAACCCAGCAAUAAAAUUAUGAACAAAGUACAUUUGGCAAAGUUGUUGCUGAUUGUUGGAGUAGCUUUAGCUACUUUUGACUGCACUUUUGCAGCCACAACGCACAAACAUGAAAAGCACACAAGUAAGGAGCGUUUGAAAGAUGGAUCUUAUAGUCCAAGAGAUGCUCACCACAACGAAGAUGGAGAGCAUCAUGUUGAGUUCGAUCAUGAGGCUAUUAUUGGUAAUGUAAAGGAAGCACAAGAAUACGAUACUCUUUCACCUGAAGAAUCGAAAAAACGUUUGGCAGUUUUGAUUAAGAUGAUGGAUAGAAAUGAAGAUGAAUUUGUUGAUAGGCAUGAACUUAAAGCAUGGAUUUUGAGAUCUUUUAAAAAACUAUCCGAAGAAGAAGCUGUUGAUCGCUUCGAAGAAAUCGACACCAAUACUGACGAUAAGAUAACAUGGAAAGAAUACAUGAUGGAUGUAUAUUCAAUGGAAGAUGAGAACCACAAGAAGGAUAUAACCGAAUACGAUAGCUUUGAGGAAGAACAAAAAAUGAUUCAAGAUGACAAAGAAAUGUUUAAUGCAGCCGACAGUGACAAAGAUGGAUCUCUAACACUCGAAGAAUUUAUUCUCUUCCAAAAUCCCGAAGAACAUCCACAAAUGUUGCCAAUUGUUUUGGAACAAACAAUGCGCGAUAAGGAUUUGAACAAAGAUGGUCAAAUUGAUUUUGUUGAAUUUUUAGGUGGUUCAGCUCAAAACCAUGAACAAGAAUGGUUAGUCACGGAGAAGGAACGCUUCGAUAAAGAUUUCGAUCAGAAUAAUGAUGGUAUAUUGAUUGGAAACGAGGUACUCAAUUGGAUUGUACCGAGCAAUGAAGAUGUUGCAAGUGACGAAGUAGAUCAUUUGUUUGCCGCUGCCGAUGAUGAUCAUGAUGAUAGGCUGUCUUAUGAAGAAAUAUUAAAUAAUUAUGAAACAUUUGUUGGCAGUGAAGCUACCGAUUAUGGUGAUCAUUUGACAAAUAUUCAUCGUUUGGAUGAUGAAUUGUAAACUGUGUGUGUUUUUUUAAGAAGAAAAAUUGAGAUUUUUUUUUUAAUUUGUUUGAAUUUGCCAAAAAUGAGACGUAAUUCUGUGAAGCCAUUUAUAGCAUAAUUAUUAAUUUUUAAUUAUUUAUCUGAACAAAAAUUCACUAAUUGCCUCUUGUAGUCUCGAUAUAUGAUUUUUUUUUAAUAUUAAAGGAAAAUUAUAGCA